CCUCCCCGCGCCGGGAUGCAGCCGGCUGCAGCCGCUCUUGCGUGCGUGGGGGGGUGCCCCGGGGAGGCUGGAGCGGGGCUGACACCGCCGGGGAGGCGGUGGGGGAAGCCCCCGGGAGUCCCGCUGGGCAAUGAGGCCACGCUGCUGGCUGCCUGUCCUUCCCCCGCCCGCCGCGGCUGCUCCCGCCAUCCCUCCCUCCCUGCCUGCCUGCCUCCCGCCCAGCCGCGCCUGUCGCCUCCCGCUGUCGCCCAGCUCUCCCGGCGCGGGGUGCCUUUUCCCUGGCACUGCCUGGCCGGGAAAGGAGCCUGACUCAUCCCGGCUGGCACCCGGCAGAUGCCGGAGGGAGCAGUCCCAUCCCGCCGCCCUGCACCCGUGGAGGAAGGGCAACGCUGCUCCGGACACACCUCGCACCCGGCUGGCCAGGGGCUCUUGGCAAGGCAGAUCGGCUGCUCCCGCCAUGCCCCACUUCUUGGAUUGGUUUGUGCCCGUGUAUCUGAUGAUCUCCAUUCUCAUCCUGGUGGGCUUUGGAGCUUGCAUUUACUACUUUGAACCAGGACUCCAGGAAGCCCAUAAGUGGCGAACACAGAGGCCAAUCAUGGAGCGAGACCUUCGGAAGACGCUGAUGAUUCGGGACAACCUGGCCUUUGGGGUGCCUGAGGUCUGACAAGCUGCCCAUUGCAGCCAGAGGAAUCUCUCCUGGGUGGGCAGCAGACCACAAGCCUCACUAGGGAUGGCAGUCCUGCCCUGGUAAAAGUGGGACUGGUCUUCACUUUGCUCUCUGCUGAUCUGGGUCUCGUACUCCUCACUCACCAUUCUGCCCCUUUGCUUCUUAGUCAAGAUUUGUUUGGCUGGGCUUCCCAUGUGCUCACAGCUCUUCAGCCAGCCAAGGACUUUGCUCCUUCCUGUGGCCAAGACUGACUAACCACUCAAAUGAAAUAUCCCUUGUUAAUCACUUGAGUUUGAGCUGCCUGGCACCUUGACAGGAUCUUCAGUAGGAAAGGUACCAGGUUUUGCAAAGGGAUACAGAACCUUGUACUCCCGUUCCCUAGGUUAAAUCUAACACAGUCUGUCUAAGUCCAAGGGGGUUUUUGGGAAAAAUAAAUGGGGUUUCCAUACAAAUAGUUGCUUCAGCUGAGCUCUUCCCAGCACCCACUCUUGAUGCUAAGAGGUGAGCUUGCUGAAGCUCUGUGCAGAGGGACCUAGGGCUCAGUGAGCCUCAGAGACUGAACAUCUUUAUCGUUGCUAAAUGCACACCCCUUCUGUGUCUGUUUGGGAGAAGGAGAACAUCCAUCCCUACAUCCAUUCCAGACGCACCACACUGAAAUUAAAGGUCUUUAUUAAAGAGGUUGGUUUAAGUCCUGUGUCAAGCUAGAACAUUCUGCAGCUCUGCAUGCAGGGGUGCUGCCAGACUUACCACAUCAGCCACUCCUGAUCUGUCUGACCUCCUGCUCCUCUGUCAUGGAGGGAGAUGGGAUAGUCUGUGAAGCUACUUGCACUUGUUCACUGCACUGCAGAGCCCUUGGACAGGCUCUUUUUCUCAACUGUUUCCCAAUGAGAGUUGUGAAGCAUCCCUCAGCCCUUUUCCCCCCUGCAUGUCUCUGAGAAGGAACAUUGAGCCUGCCAGAUAAAUGGGCCCAUUGUACCACCUUUGCUUUCUGGACCCAAGCCGUAUAAUGUGAGUCUGGCACAAAAUCCCAUGUUUAUAGGCUUCCUGCACUGUCAUGGGGAUGACCAGCCAUCGAAGUGCUGUAUGAAGCUGUGACACUGGGCUGAGAGGGAUAUCCCCAUCCUCUCUCUCCCUGACAGCCCAGUGCAAUGCCCAGUGUGUACAGGAAGGCCUGAGAGAGCAAGGAGCCUGUGGCAGGAGGUUGUGUCUCCUCUCCUCCCACCCCAACAUCCACCCUUUGCAUGCAUGUAGGUGCAAUGGUGCAACCUGUGAAUGCUCUGGACACAGAGGGAUCCUGUGUGCCCCUCUCCUGCAUUUCCCAGGUAUGUUAGCUGGUGCCACCAUCCUAUGUGCACAUGUCUGUGCAUCCUGUGCCAUCACCUCGGCCAGCCAGGAUAUUGGCAAACACACCUCCAGCGUCCUUCCAUUGUUAUGGCUCUGUGCUCCAGUCCCCAAUGGCUCCUUUCAGCAGCAGGGCUCCUCAGGCCAGCUGUGAAAAUCUGCCACAGCUCCUGGCUUGUGUCACUCAGCCUCACCUGUGAACCUGGGAGCAGGAAGUUUUCUCCUCCAUCCCCAAAGAAAGAAGGAGAGUUCACUGGGCUGCUGUGAGUGGUUUAUGCAGGGAAAUGCAGUGAGUGGGAUUACCCCUGUGCCCAAAGUUUUGCUUGCCCUGGCAAGGAAAAGCUCAAAGCACAGGUGCAGCCUGGAAGUUGGUAAUUCUCUGGGGAUCCAAGUUAAUUUUUAGCUCUAAGGAAUGGAUCAGGACAUCCUGCAAAUGUCCUGGGUAUUCCUGGGACAUUUCAUCUGCCAGACUGCAAUUGCAUUACCAUUCUUUUCUACACCAAAACUAGGCACAUUGGCAGGAGCUUUCUGGCUCUGUUUCAGACAGAGGACAAGUCAAGAGUCCUUUGGUUCAGCCAAGUGACAGAGACUGUGAUGCAAGUACCCUAACGGGGGAGUCUCACUCAGCAGGGAAAGGCAGUGAAUAGGAUUACUGCUGUGCCCAAAGUUGUACUUGCCCUGGCAAGCAAAGACUCAAAAGAGCAGGUGUAGUCUGAAACAGAUACAUUUUCAUGACUUGGGACUGUAAAUGGAAAUGACAAGGGGCUGGGUUGCAUGGCAUGAUGUGCCACCCUCAGCUGCAUGGCUCACAUUCCCUGCCCUCUGGCACAUCACAGCCAUAUCUCCAAACACCAGCCUGGAAACCUGCUUCCUCUCCUCAACUCCCUGAUGGGUGGGAUUGCUCUGUAAACAAACACAACUGAGCUGUGGGGUAGCAUAAAAACCUCUCCACUGGAGCUGAGGGGCUUGGAGCAGUCAGGAAGAAGUCAAACUGGAGGAAGGGGAGCCUGCACUCACAGGGGUCCCAGAGCUCUCCCCUGCUCUGUGUUCUCCUCUGCAUACUGCUGUAAUUGUGUUGAGCUCCACUGCCCAUGACUCAAUGCAGAAACUGAGAAAAAGAAGACAGCAACUUGGUGAGGGCUGGAUUAGAGAAAAACUAAUUGUUCAUCUCCUCUGGCUUACUUUUUGUGCUGUUUAGCCCUGACACAAUCAGCAUUAAGCCAGGUAUUUUCCAUGGCUAUGAAGGACUAUUUUGUCAGCAGUGUCAAAGGCUUCUGCAGUGGAAAUGUGUGACAAACUGCUUGGUUGAUGCUUUGUUUUCCUGUUGUUCCCCCUGGGAGCUGCCCCCUCCAGCUCUGGGCAGGCAGCAAGGAGCAGUCUGCAGUGAGGUUUCCUUUACAACAGGGUAGGUCUCCAUCCACCGGGCUCCUGUGCCAGCUACACUGCCGGGCUAUCCUGGAAUAAUUAAAAGCAAAUGCUGCCUGAAAACUGA